AUCACCCACUGCAUCCACCAUUCAUAUCCUAAAGCCAGUCUCCACCUCACAACUCCUAUCCUAUCCUCCCUCCAUUUGCUCACCACCUUCAUUUAAACUAUACACACCAUUCCCCUCAACCCUUCAAGAGAGAGAACUCUGUGUUCAGGGAGAGCUACCGCUCAGGGCCGACACCAGGUCACUCUACAGAUGGCCUCAGCUACUCUCCUCAAGUCCUCUUUCCUACCCAAGAGGUCAGAAUGGCACGCAGCUGGGCGCAAAUCCUCCAACCCUCAACCGGUGGCAGUCUCCUUCACCGUCCGCGCCGGCGCCUACUCCGACGAGCUCGUCAAGACCGCGAAAACUAUCGCGUCGCCAGGGAGGGGGAUACUCGCCAUGGAUGAAUCCAACGCCACCUGCGGCAAAAGACUCGCAUCAAUUGGGCUGGAGAACACAGAGGCAAACCGACAAGCUUACAGGACCCUCCUUGUCUCAGCUCCUGGUCUGGGCCAGUACAUCUCUGGGGCAAUCCUGUUCGAGGAAACUCUCUACCAGUCAACUACGGAUGGUAAGAAGAUGGUCGAUGUUCUUGUUGAACAAAAGAUAGCGCCAGGGAUCAAAGUUGACAAGGGUCUGGUGCCACUUACUGGCUCAAAUGAUGAAUCAUGGUGCCAAGGAUUGGAUGGCCUCGCGUCGCGAUGUGCAGCAUACUAUCAACAGGGAGCUCGCUUUGCUAAAUGGCGUACAGUGGUCAGCAUUCCAAACGGCCCAUCAGCUCUCGCAGUGAAGGAAGCUGCUUGGGGUCUGGCUCGAUACGCUGCCAUUGCUCAAGACAAUGGCCUGGUUCCAAUUGUGGAGCCUGAGAUACUGCUCGACGGAGAGCACGGGAUCGAUAGGACGUUUGAGGUCGCACAGAAAGUUUGGGCUGAGGUCUUCUUUUACUUGGCCGAGAACAACGUCAUGUUCGAAGGUAUCCUCCUCAAGCCAAGCAUGGUCACCCCCGGCGCCGAGUGCAAAGAGAAGGCCACACCGGAGCAGGUCGCCGACUACACCCUGAAGCUCCUGCACAGAAGAGUCCCAUCUGCUGUUCCUGGCAUUAUGUUCCUCUCCGGUGGACAGUCGGAAGUGGAGGCAACCCUGAACCUGAAUGCCAUGAACCAGAGCCCCAACCCAUGGCACGUCUCCUUCUCUUACGCGAGAGCUCUGCAGAACACCUGCCUGAAGACAUGGGGAGGAAGACCGGAGAACGUGAAGGCUGCGCAGGAUGUGCUCCUAGUCCGGGCCAAGGCCAACUCGCUCGCUCAGCUCGGGAAGUACUCAGCCGAGGGCGAAGCUGCAGAAGCUAAAGAGGGGAUGUACGUCAAGAACUACAGCUACUGAGAACCCAGCAAAGCAUGAUAUCUUCUAUAUCUCUGUGGAUUUUGAUUACCGGUCUGUUCAAGGAAGACGACGAUCGAUGUAGUUGAAUGUUUAAGCCUGCAUAAGACUGCAUUUGGUAUUAAGUAUCGAUUGAAUACAGCUUGUUA